UGCAGUGAUAACUGCUGUGCGUGCGUGGUGGAGUCCCUGCGCUUCUGCGGGAUCCUGUCCCCUGCUCCCUGGCACACCACUUGCACCGGGACUAUCCAGUGACCCAGGGGAGACCGCUGAGCUGAGUCCUGUGAGCCCUCAGGGUGGCGGGGCCAUGCAGCCGCAUGGUUGUGCCGCACUCUGGGUGCUGCUGCUGGCGCAGGUCAGUGAACAGCACACACCUGCGUGCGCCCUGGGACCCUCAGCUGCAGCGUUUGAGAAUCCGAGAGACGCGCACCCUCCGCCAUCCUCUCAAUCCGGCUGGCUGGAAACCGACGAGUACGACCUGGUGUCUGCCUAUGAGGUGGACCACAGGGGGGAUUAUGUAUCCCAUGACAUCACGCACCACCAGCGGCAACGGCGGAGGCGGAGAGCAGUGGCCCAGCCAGGAGGAGAUGCCCUGCAUCUGCGCCUGAAGGGCCCCAGGCAUGACCUCCAUCUAGACCUGAAAGCUGCCAGCAACUUAGUGGCUCCUGGAUUCAUGGUACAAACUCUGGGGAAGGGAGGCACCACAUCUGUGCAGAUGUUUCCACCCGAGGAGUUCUGCUUCUAUCAAGGCUCCUUAAGGUCCCAGGGGAAUUCCUCAGUGGCCCUUUCUACCUGCCAAGGUUUGUUAGGCAUGAUAAGAACAAAGGACGCUGAUUACUUUUUAAAGCCAAUUCCUCCACACCUAACAGACAAAGCCAGCAGGUCCGCUGCACAGGCCGGCUCUCCCUCCCACGUACUGUACAAAAGAUCCACUGAGCCCCAGGCUCUCAGAGAAAAUGAAGUCCUGAUGGUCACCAGGAAGCGAGAUUUGUCGAGACCUCAUCUUCACCGUGGCAACUUCCAUCUUGACCUCCCACGGAAGCAGCAUUUCUGUGGUAGACGCAAGAAAUACAUGCCCCAGCCUCCCAAGAAUGACCUCUACAUCUUGCCUGAUGAGUACAAGCCUACCUUCCGGCACAAGCGCUCCCUCCUGAAAUCCCACAGAAAUGAAGAGCUGAAUGUGGAGACGCUGGUGGUGGUUGACAGAAAGAUGAUGCAGAACCAUGGCCAUGGGAACAUUACCACCUACGUCCUCACUGUACUCAACAUGGUGUCUGCUUUAUUCAAGGAUGGAACAAUUGGAGGAAACAUCAAUAUUGCCAUUGUAGGACUCAUUCUGCUAGAAGAUGAGCAGCCAGGGCUGGUGAUUAGUCACCAUGCAGACCACACUUUAAGCAGCUUCUGCCAGUGGCAAUCUGGACUGAUGGGGAAAGAUGGAACUCGCCAUGACCAUGCCAUCUUACUGACUGGGCUGGACAUAUGUUCCUGGAAGAAUGAACCCUGUGACACAUUGGGGUUCGCACCCAUAAACGGGAUGUGCAGUAAGUACCGAAGCUGCACAAUCAAUGAAGACUCGGGACUUGGACUGGCCUUCACCAUUGCCCAUGAGUCUGGACACAACUUUGGUAUGGUCCAUGAUGGAGAAGGGAAUAUGUGCAAAAAGUCUGAGGGCAACAUAAUGUCCCCAACACUGGCAGGACGCAAUGGCGUCUUCUCCUGGUCCUCCUGCAGCCGUCAGUACCUGCACAAGUUUCUAAGCACUGCCCAAGCGAUAUGCCUUGCUGAUCAGCCGAAGCCCGUGAAGGAGUACAAAUACCCCGAGAAGCUGCCGGGACAGUUAUACGAUGCGAACACACAGUGCAAGUGGCAAUUUGGGGAGAAAGCCAAGCUCUGCAUGCUGGACUUCAGGAAGGAUAUCUGUAAGGCCUUGUGGUGCCAUCGGAUUGGAAGGAAAUGUGAAACUAAGUUCAUGCCAGCCGCAGAGGGCACCCAGUGUGGGCAGGACAUGUGGUGUCGUGGAGGACAGUGUGUGAAGUAUGGUGAUGAAGGCCCCAAGCCUACCCAUGGCCAUUGGUCAGAUUGGUCCCCCUGGUCCCCCUGCUCCCGGACCUGUGGGGGAGGAGUAUCUCACAGAGACCGUCUCUGUACCAAUCCCAGACCAUCUCAUGGAGGGAAGUUCUGCCAGGGCUCCACACGCACGCUGAAGCUUUGCAACAGUCAGAAAUGCCCCCUGGACAGUGUAGACUUCCGUGCUGCCCAGUGUGCCGAGUACAACAGCAAGCAUUUCCGAGGGUGGCUGUACAAGUGGAAGCCUUACACCCAAGUGGAAGAUCAGGACUUAUGCAAACUCUACUGUAUCGCAGAAGGAUUUGAUUUCUUCUUUUCUUUGUCAAAUAAAGUGAAAGAUGGGACUCCAUGCUCGGAGGAUAGCCGUAAUGUUUGUAUAGAUGGGAUAUGUGAGAAAGUUGGCUGUGACAAUGUCCUUGGGUCAGAUGCUGCCGAGGACUCCUGUGGGGUCUGCAAGGGGAAUAACUCAGACUGCACGAUGCACAGGGGACUCUACAGUAAACAUCACCGUACUAACCAAUACUACCAAGUAGUAACCAUUCCUUCUGGAGCUCGGAGUAUUCACAUCUAUGAAACAAACAUAUCUACUUCCUACAUUUCUGUGCGCAAUUCUCUCAAGAGAUAUUACCUGAAUGGACACUGGAGUGUGGAUUGGCCCGGACGAUACAAGUUUUCAGGUACCACCUUCAACUACAGACGGUCCUACAAGGAGCCUGAGAGCUUAACCUCCACUGGACCAACCAACGAAACACUGAUUGUGGAGCUUUUAUUCCAGGGCAGGAACCCUGGUGUGGCCUGGGAAUUCUCACUGCCAAGGUCAAGUGAUAAGAAGACCCCAGCUGCCCACCAUAGCUACACAUGGGCCAUCGUACGCUCAGAGUGCUCUGUUUCCUGUGGAGGGGGCAAGAUGAACUCAAAGGAGGGAUGCUACAGAGACCUGAAGGUGCAAGUGAAUGCAUCCUUUUGCAACCCCAAGACACGACCUGUCACAGGGCUGGUGCCCUGCAAGGUGUCAGCCUGUCCUCCCAGCUGGUCUGUAGGAAACUGGAGUUUGUGCAGCCGGACGUGUGGUGGGGGCACUCAGAGCAGGCCUGUGCGGUGCACACGGAGGGCACACUACCGUGAAGAGCCCAUCUCAGGCAGCCUGUGUCCACAGCCUGCACCCUCCAGCCGCCAAGCCUGCAAUUCUCAAAGCUGCCCACCUGCUUGGAGCACCGGGCCCUGGACAGAGUGCUCACGGACCUGUGGGAAGGGGUGGCGGAAGAGAGCAGUGGCCUGCAAGAGUACCAACCCCUCAGCCAGAGCCCGGCUGCUGCACGACACCGCCUGCACUUCAGAGCCCAAGCCGAGGACCCAGGAAGUGUGCCUGCUCAAGCGCUGCCACAAGCACAAGAAGCUGCAGUGGCUGGUGUCCGCUUGGUCUCAGUGCUCUGCGACGUGCGAGAGGGGUACACAGCAGAGAGUUCUCAGGUGCGCUGAGAAGUACGUCUCUGGAAAGUACCGGGAGCUGGCCUCCAAGAAGUGCUUGCAUCUGCCAAAGCCGGACCUGGAACUGGAACGUGCCUGUGGCCUGUUUCCCUGUCCCAAGCACCCUCCGUACGCUGCUGCAGGUCCCCCAAGAGGCAGCUGGUUUGCCUCACCCUGGUCUCAGUGCACAGCCAGCUGUGGGGGUGGCGUGCAGAGCAGGACCGUGCAGUGUUUGCUGGGGGGACAGCCAGCCUCGGAUUGCAUUCUGCACCAGAAACCAGAGACCUCCUUGGCCUGCAACACCCAUUUCUGCCCUAUUGCGGCAAAGAGAGACACCUUCUGCAAAGACCUCUUCCACUGGUGCUAUCUGGUUCCUCAGCACGGCAUGUGCAGCCACAGGUUCUACAGUAAGCAGUGCUGCAACACCUGCUCCUAGUCCAACUUGUAA